AUGGCGAGGCGGGCGGCAGGAGGCACCGGGCCCCCCGGGGACGAUUUCUCCUUCGUGAGCCCGGCGGUGAAGUACGUGCUGUUCUUCUUCAACAUGCUCUUCUGGAUGAUCUCAAUGGUGAUGGUGGCGGUGGGAGUCUACGCCCGGCUGCUGAAACACGCAGAGGCGGCAAUGGCGUGCCUGGCAGUGGACCCUGCCAUCCUGCUCAUUGUGGUGGGCAUCCUCACCUUCCUCAUCACCUUCUGUGGCUGCGUCGGCUCCUUGAGGGAGAACAUCUGCCUGCUGCAGGCGUUCUCCAUCUGCCUGACCGUCAUCUUCCUCCUGCAGCUGGCGGCUGGUGUGUUGGGCUUUGUCUUCUCUGAUAAGGCACGUGGCAAGGUUAGCGAGAUCAUCAACGGUGCCAUCGUGCAUUACCGGGAUGACUUGGACCUGCAGAACCUUAUCGACUUUGGGCAGAAGGAGUUCAGCUGCUGUGGGGGUGUCUCCUACAAGGACUGGUCCCAGAACAUGUACUUCAACUGCACUGUCACCAACCCCAGCCGGGAGCGCUGCUCUGUCCCCUUCUCCUGCUGCCUGCAGGACACCAAUGAGGUUGUCAUCAACACCAUGUGCGGGCAGGGGAUGCAGACCAUGAGCUACCUGGAGGCCAGUGCCUUCAUCUACACCAACGGCUGCAUCGACAAACUGGUCAACUGGAUCCACAGCAACCUCUUCCUGCUGGGGGGCAUCGCCCUGGGGCUGGCCGUCCCCCAGCUGGUGGGCAUCCUGCUGGCUCAGAUCCUCAUCAACCAGAUCAGGGACCAGAUCAAGCUCCAGCUCUACAACCAGCAGCACCGGGCAGACCCCUGGUACUGAGUCCUGGGCACA